CGUCGACAGAGAAGCUGGGAGGUAGCGUUAGCAGCUCAUAGCCCCUCAUAACAUCAAAAGCUACCCUUGUAGUCGCGCGUACCGCUUUCACAUGCGCAGCUCCUCACUCACCUUGCACCAGCAUUCCGUCAUCAUCAUCAUCGCCGCAUUCACAACUUCAACACUCAGGCAUCCUACUGAAACCCCCAUUCACACGCCUAAAGCUACCUCUCUGUCCUCAAACUGUAGCGAAUCUAGUCUGACUGGUACAUGAGAUCAAGCGAUCGAAGCAAAGACGGAAGAAUUACCAAGAGAGACCUUGGCUUCCGCCACCUUGGGUAGAAUGAGAUUCUCGAAGCCGUAAACGACCCAAGACCGCGUGAUAUCUAUAGCCAUGGACGACUUAGCUGCUGCCUUUCUCGGUCCAGGCGAUGACGCCUCAAUCCAGGAAGAGGAUGACGGUCAACAGGAACAGGGCUCCGGCACCGACUCGACCACCACGGCCCGGACAUUGCGACGGGGGAUUCUCAAGGCAGCCAACUUACAAGACAAGCUUCUAGAGAAACUCCUCGCGCAAGUCAUCCCCGUAGACGAUGGCCAACCUCACGGCAGCGGCGAAGCCGGCGGGGCCAACGAGCCCUCAGCCUUCGGCGAACGCCCCGGCUUCACGGUAGGCGCCAUGUCCAACAACUUCCGGCGCUUCAACGCGCGCAUCGGGGUCGUCUUCAAAUUCCAAGCCAAAGCCCUACGGGUGCUCUCAUGGCGACGGCCCACGCACACCUUGUCCCUACUAGCCGUCUACACCUUCGUCUGCCUAGACCCCUACCUAAUCUUCGUUCUCCCGCUCGCCAUCGCCUUAUUCGGCAUCUUCGUGCCCUCUUUCAUCGCGCGACACCCAGCGCCCGCCUCCUCCUCCGAAGCCCACGCGGUCCGCAACCUAGGCUACUCCCCCCGCGGCCCUCCCCUAGCGCCCGCCCGCACCUUCAAGCCGACCAAGGAGCUGUCGCGCGACUUCUUCCGCAACCUGGGCGACUUGCAGAACGUUAUGGACGACUACAGCGUGGCCCACGACAAGAUCAUUGCGCUGGUUGUCCCCAAAACCAACUUCUCGGACGAGGCCUUGUCGUCCGCCAUUUUCGUGUUGCUCUGCGGCGCCUGCGCCCUCAUGACCGUCACCGCCCACCUGAUUCCCUGGCGCUACAUCUGCCUGGUCGCCGGCUGGGCCGCCAUCUGGUCCAACCACCCCACCGUUUCCCGACUGAUUGGUGAGUGGCAGGCUCAGUAUCUAGGAGCAGGAGAAAAGGGAGAACAACCGAGUGCGACGGCGCAGGCCGUGCACGACAACGACAAGAAACUGGAACAGAUCCAGAACCACCCGCCCGGUCCCAGCCCUGAUUCAUCGCUAGCAGCCGAACGCGCUUUCGACGCCUGGGUCCGCUCGGACAUCAUUCUGGACGACGCGCCCGAGACGCGCGAGGUGGAGAUCUUUGAGCUGCAGCGCCAGAGCGACACCAGCGGCGAGUGGGAGCCGUGGCUGUUCAGUCCGUCGCCGUACGACCCCCUAUCCGCGGCACGGAUCGCGGGAGACCGGCCCACGGGGACGCGCUUCUUCGAGGACGUGCUGCCGCCUGAGGGUUGGGAGUGGAGCGGGAAGAAGUGGGCGUUGGAUCUUUGGAGUAGGGAGUGGGUGGAGGAGCGGAUCAUUACCGGGGUCGAGGUCGAGACGGAAGGGGAGAGGUGGGUGUAUGAUAUCUAUAAUGAGCAUGAGAAUGGGGGUAACGGUGGUGAUAACGACGACCUGGGAGCGGCGUUGGGGGAUGGGGAUUACGAAACACCGGUGAGGAGUCAGGAUCAGAGUCGGCAUACGCCUAAGAUUGGGCCGACGAUCUGUUGGGAGGAAGGAGAGGAGGGGAUGGGUCGGAGGGGAAGUUGGCGAAGGAGGAGAUGGGUGAGGAUGGUGAAGAGGAAAAAUGUCAAUGCGGCGUUGAAUUAGUGGUGGCCGUCUUGGUAGGUGCCCUUUGCGGUUGCUGGUUAUAUGAUUAUGGGAAUGAUUGGAUUGAUGAACCUGAGAUGAUCGACCUUUGCUUCACUGCGUUAUAGCUUGUCAAGGAGCUUGAACAUGCGGAAGGGGUAUAUUGUAUUCUACCGGAACUACUCCUCGUUUCCUCAU